CAGUGUCCUGAGCGAAGCGACGCCAUGAGGACAGUGGUUCUGCUGUGCGCCGCCGCGGCGCUGCUGUCGCUACCGGCGCAAGUGAACUCUGGUAUCAUACGGUUGUGCACCCCGAACGAGUUCAGCUGGAAGGAGUGCAACACCUGUCAGUGUGACCAGUUUGGGUCGUUCCAGUCUUGCACACAGAGGCGGUGCCGGGAACUCCAUCGACUCCGCAGAGAUACGCUGUGUCCACCGGGGCAGACUUUCCAGAGCGGCUGUGACAUUUGCCACUGUGCGGACGAUGGGAGCACCAUCUGGUGUACCAACGAUGGCUGUUCUGGGAAAGACUACAUGCAGAACGUGGACCAGGUGCAACACCAGUACCAACAAGUCGGCAGCCUGGAACCAGGGCACAAAUUCGCGGGUGGUCAGUUCUCUGAAAUAGGAGAUCUUUUGCGGCCGUACCAACACCAUCAACGUUCAAAUGCGUACAGCUUGCCAGCAUGGUAUAGAGAUGUCCUGAAAGACAGGCAAGAGAUGUGGCAGCAGAUGCAGCAUAACCAGAUGCCCGAGUUUGACCAGUCUGGGCAGCUGUACCAGCAGGGCUACGAUUACGACCUGGACGACAGCCAGCAGCAGCAGCAUCACGACCCCAGUUCAGACUUCGAUCAGGCGGUACAGCAGAUUCAUCAAUACGGAGAUCCUCAGUCUGGUAAACUAGUAAACGAUCAACAAGAAUCUGAAGAAGGUCUUCAGGUGUAUCAGCAAAGUGAGGCAUCAGAUGCAGAUCAAAUUGCACAGCAAUCAUUGCAAAAUCAAUAUUCUCAACAGGUUAAUUGGCAUCCACAGCAAGACCAGAUUUCAGAUACAGGAGACGUCCUGCAACAACAUCAACAGAUCGAUACACCAAACAAAGACCAAGACCUUCAACAGACACAGCAAGAAUUAGAUUCUGAUAAUGAACAAAUCAGUCAUCAUUCACAGCAGGAUCAAUCUUCCGAUUCUGGAGACAAUCUGCAACAGUAUCAACAGACCGAUGCAUCAAACGGAGACCUACAACAGAUACAGCAAGAAUUAGAUUCUGAUUCUGAACAACUCAGUCAGCAUACACAGCAAGAUCAAUCUUCCGAUUCAGGAGACGAUUUGCAACAGUAUCAACAGACCGAUACAUCAAAUGGAGAACUACAGCAGACGCAGCAAGAACAAAAUUCUGAUAAUGAACAAAUCAGUCAGCAUACACAGCAGGAUCAAUCUUCCGAUUCUGGAGACAAUCUGCAACAGUAUCAAGAGACCGAUGCAUCAAACGGAGACCUACAACAGACGCAGCAAGAACAAAAUUCUGAUAAUGAACAAAUCAGUCAGCAUUCACAGCAGGAUCAAUCUUCCGAUUCUGGAGACAGUCUGCAACAGUAUCAACAGACCGAUGCAUCAAACGGAGACCUACAACAGAUACAGCAAGAAUUAGAUUCUGAUUCUGAACAACUCAGUCAGCAUACACAGCAGGAUCAAUCUUCCGAUUCUGGAGAGGAUUUGCAACAGUAUCAACAGACCGAUACAUCAAAUGGAGAACUACAGCAGACGCAGCAAGAACAAAAUUCUGAUUCUGAACAACUCAGUCAGCACACACAGCAAGAUCAAUCUUCCGAUUCUGGAGACGAUUUGCAACAGUAUCAACAGACCGAUACAUCAAAUGGAGACCUACAGCAGACGCAGCAAGAACAAAAUUCUGAUAGUGAACAAAUCAGCCAGCAUUCACAGGAGGAUCAAUCUUCCGAUUCUGGAGACAAUCUGCAACAGUAUCAACAGACCGAUGCAUCAAACGGAGACCUACAACAGAUACAGCAAGAAUUAGAUUCUGAUUCUGAACAACUCAGUCAGCUUACACAGCAAGAUCAAUCUUCCGAUUCUGGAGACGAUUUGCAACAGUAUCAACAGACCGAUACAUCAAAUGGAGACAUACAGCAGACGCAGCAAGAACAAAAUUCUGAUAAUGAACAAAUCAGUCAGGAUUCACAGCAGGAUCAAUCUUCCGAUUCUGGAGACAAUCUGCAACAAUAUCAACAGACCGAUACAUCAGUAGGAGACCAAGUCCCCCAGCAUAUACAACAAGAUCAAUUUUCAGACUCUGGGGAAAAUGUACAGCAAUAUCAACAAAGUGGUACACUCAACGAAGAACAAGAUUUACAACAAACACAGAAAGAAUCUGCUUCUGAUUUUGAACUUAGCCAGAAUACGCAACAAGAGCAGUCUUCAGAUUCCGGAGAAAAUCUGCAGCAAUAUCAACAGGGCGAAGAUCAAAUUCUGCAACAGACGCAGCAAGAAUUAGAUUCUGAUUCUGAACUUAGCCAGAACACACACCAAGAGCAGUCUUUAGAUUCUGGAGAUGAUCUGCAACAAUAUCAACUCGGCGAAACCCAAAACAAUGAUCAAAUUCAACAGCAGAACCAACAACAUGUUGACUCAGAUUUUGAACACCUCAGUUUGUAUCCCCAGAAACAAGAUCAAUCUUAUUCUAGCGAUGACCAGCAGCAGUACCAGCAGAGCAAUAUCUUCGACUCAGACGAGUUAGAACAGCAAGCACACCAAGACGAUACUGAAGGCAAUAGUCAUGAUCGGUAUCAGCAGUAUCAAGAACCUGGAUCAGAACAGAUUGUACAGCAAUAUGAGAAGGAACAGUUUCCCAUCAGUAAUCAGGACUUGCAGCAAUAUCAGCAAAGCCACUUUGGGAACGAUGCGGACGUUUACCAGCAGUCCCAUGAGCCAGACGAAUUCCUUGAAGGCUAUCAGUACGAUCAGAAUAAUCGCUUGCAUAAAAUAGACCAACAGCAGCAUGAGGCUAUAUUCUAACAGCACGCAUCAAUAACGUGAGAGACUUCUAUCUGUAUCAUCCGUCGGUUGCAGACAAUAAACGGAAUCCGUUUACUGAGAUCCGUGGAAACAUCCUAAAAAGGGUUUUCGUUCUAUCACAAGACCACGUGAAACUUCAUUUACGUAAUGGGUGUCUCAACAUAGUGUCCCCGUUACAUAACUUGCGUAUGAAUGCCUAAAUAGUGUUUUGUAAUGUUAUGAACAUUACAUUCGAAAAAUCGAAAAUUAUGUGUAUUUUUUAGUAAUAAAUGUGAUAGAUGGGAAAAAAUUUGGUGGACCUAUA